AUGGCAUUCUUGGCACCCGCCGUCCGGAGGCUAAGCCAACGAACUCCCUCUUCAUUCUUCAUUUGCAACCAGUGCCUCCGGCAGACCGUGCGGCCCCAGCCCCGGCUCGCAUCCCGCAUUCUCAAUGCCGUCCGAUCUCGUGGGUUCGCCCAGGUCAAGUCUGAGAUUCCGCCGGGAAGCAUAGCGGACCACGUCAAUUUCCGAUCGGCCUCGGCCCAGGCGCAAGCUCAGGCGUUGCGCAAGCCGGAAUUUCCGAGGACCAACGCCAAGAUUGUUGGAUACUGGCUCAUUGGCAGCGCUGUCAGUGUCUUUGGCAUCGUCGUCUGGGGAGGGCUGACCAGAUUGACAGAGUCCGGACUCAGCAUUACGGAAUGGCGUCCAGUUACCGGCUCCUUGCCCCCUCUGUCUCGAGCCGAGUGGGAAUCCGAGUUUGAGAAAUACCGCGCUUCGCCCGAGUUCAAGCUCCUCAACCCGCACAUGACGCUUGACGAGUUUAAAAAGAUCUACUUUAUGGAAUGGGCGCAUCGGGUCUGGGGUCGCUUCAUCGGCGUGUCCUUUGUCGUGCCCACGCUGUACUUUGUCGCUCGCCGCCGAGUCACCCCCAGAAUGGCCGUCAACUUGCUCGGCAUCUCCGGCCUCAUCGGCUUCCAGGGCUUCAUCGGCUGGUGGAUGGUCAAGUCGGGGCUAAAGGACGACCUCUUCGCGCCUGGCUCCCACCCGCGCGUUUCGCAGUACCGCCUCACCGCCCACCUCGCCACCGCCUUUGUCUGCUACUCGUGGAUGCUGCUGUCCGGGCUGUCCGUCCUUCGCACUCACCGACUCCUCGCCGAUCCCGCCGCGGCCGUGAGCGCGCUCCAGGCCCUCAGGAACCCUGCCCUGAAAGCCUUCCGUCGCUCCGUCCUUGCCGUGACCGCCCUGACCUUUGUCACCAUCAUGUCUGGCGCCCUCGUCGCCGGCCUUGACGCCGGCCUCAUCUACAACGAGUUCCCGAAAAUGGGGCUCGGGUUCGCCCCGCCAAAGUCGGAGCUCUGGGACGCCUUCUACUGCCGCAAGGAGGACGGCUCGGAUCUCUGGUGGCGCAACAUGCUGGAGAACCCCAGCACCGUGCAGAUGGACCACCGCAUCUUGGCCGUGUCCACCUUUUGCGCCAUCCUGACCCUCUUCGCCUUUUCGCGCACCCAGAGGGUCGCCUCGGCCCUGCCGAGAAACGCCAAGAAGAGCGCGGCCGGCCUGGUCCAUCUUGUCUGUCUGCAAGUCGCGCUCGGCAUCUCCACCUUGAUCUACAUGGUACCCGUUCCACUGGCCGCCGCUCACCAGGCCGGAAGUCUUGCCGUCCUGACAGGCGCCCUGGUUCUGGCACAUCGCCUGAGAGUGCCGAAAGCGACGUUGCGGGUGCUUGAGCAACGGCUCAAGCAGGCGGCCAACCAGCAAAAGAAGACCUGA